GGAGCUGAAGGACACCUGUUGUCACGGAAACGGGACCGGCGGGAAAAAAAUCACCAAUUAAAGAAAAAAAUUGAAGAAGAAGAUCCCCGCUGCCCGUCCAGGUGUUUUCCUCCACAGCUGUAGAAGUCAUGUCGUCUCCGGUUCUGAUCAAUCUGCUGAGAUGCUGUCACUCCGUCGUCGCCAGAAAAACCUUCCUCACCGUACAAGAAACUCAAGUGGGUGGGGCUUUGUUUGGCGUGCGGCGGGUCAGCGGGUCAACUCGUUUCGCCAGUGACGGCAGCGGUCAGCCGGUCACAUGGGACUCAUUCGGUAUUUGGGGCAACAAGAUAGAAGAACCGGUUCUACUGCCCUCUAGUGUCAGAUAUGGAAAACCCAUUCCACAGGUCAGUCUCUCCCGGGUCGGCAGUGCGUCUGUUCUGGGUCUCAGGAAGCAGAACGAGGACCGUCUCCGGGUCGCCCGUAUCCAUGACAACCUGCUGUACUUCGCCGUGUUCGACGGCCACGGCGGUCCGCACGCCGCCGACUUCUGCUACACCUUCAUGGAGAAGUUGAUCAGAGACGCUCUGGAGGAAGAGGACGACCUGGAGAAAGUUUUAAAGAAAGCCUUUUUAGACGUUGACAAGGCUCUACACACACACCUCAGCUACUUCAACAACCCCUCCUUCCUGACAGCCGGUACCACGGCGACGGUUGCUUUGCUGCGUGACGGUGUGGAGCUGGUGGUCGGUAGCGCCGGCGACAGUCGGGCGUUGCUGUGCAGGAAGGGACGAGCCACCAAGCUCACCAAAGACCACACACCUGACCGCAAGGACGAGAGACACAGGAUCCAGAGGUUCGGCGGUUUCGUGACGUGGAACAGUGUCGGUGAGGCCAACGUUAACGGGCGGCUCGCCAUGACGCGAAGCAUCGGAGACUUCCACCUGAAAACCAGUGGCGUCAUCGCCGAGCCGGACACACAGCGGGUCACCGUCCAGCACGCCAACGACUCCUUCCUCGCUCUGACCACCGAUGGCAUCACCUUCCUGCUGAGCGACGAGGAGAUCUGUGAUGUCAUCAACCAGUGCCAAGACCCCACGGAGGCCGCUGACGUCAUCACUCAGCAGGCGCUGCAGUACGGCUCGGAGGACAACGCCACCAUCAUCGUGGUCCCGUUGGGAUCCUGGGGGAAACACCAGAGCUCCACCUCCGUCUACAGCAUGAGCAGGAACUUCAACUCAAGUGGGAGAUGGGCGUAGACGACACACACACACACACACACACACACACACACACACACACACACACACACACACACACACACACACACACACACACUAAACACAUACUAAACGUCACUAUUAUAUUAUUUUUAUAUCCUCAAAAUGAUCAAAAUGAAUCUGUGAAACCUCUGAAAUCAUCCCAGAAUGCAAUUUUAGUGUUUCAAAUCCUCGUUUUAGCUCCUCAGAAAUGUACAGAGAGCGUGUUUUAUUGUAUUGUACAUACAGAGAUGUUUGAUUGUCUGUGUAUUUGUUUGUUUAUCUGCGUAUUUAAACACAUAUUUUCACAUUGACGGCAGAUUUGCUGAGAAAUUUCACGUCAAACUUCCAAAAUUUUCAACUGUUCGAUCACAAAGAAAGUUUAAUUUUCAGUAGUAACCAAAGGAAACAUCACAUUUGACAAAUAUAUGAAGAAAUAAAAGCCAAAGUACAACCUGCUGAUAACUGUUAAUUGUUCUGUAUUGAUUCUGUCUGUUUGUAGUGUUUUUAUUUCUUAGUGUAACUGUUAAAAGAGUUUUAUGCCCCUUUAUAAAAUAAUGAAAGAAAAAAAAUGAUAUUAUGCAAAAUGAUCUUUAUAUUUUGUCAAGUUUUUGCUUCUUUUCCUCGUUUAAAUUUACAAGUUUCUACAAGAAAAAAAAGCUAAAUUCCUCCUGUGUCUGAAUGUUUUUGAUCCUCCACCAGCCCAAGACAUCUGACCUUUGACCCCUGACCUCCCUGUGGAGAUGACCUCUGUACAGGGAUGAAUAAAG